UGCUGAUGGGUUCGGCAAGCUUAUUUUGUCUCCCCCGAAUGGAGCUCUUUAUGCAGCUCAGUCGCGGAUCUGCUGUUUGUCUCGCUGUUUUACGACGUGGUAAAUAAUCGGCAUGCUUGUUCCUACGGGUGUGCUUGUCACAUCUGUUCGUGUGUAAGCCUCGCCUAAUGCAAUGUUGCCACCCGCACACGUCGUUCCCGGCAUCUAGUUACGGUGCGGCUGUCUGCCGCUCCGGACUGUGCCUUUGGAUUUUUCUUCCACCACAUUCCCGCUUUUACAGUGCCACGUAUAGCUUUGACUGAAGUACCUCAGCGAGUUGGAUGUCGUAUUUAUUCACCAAAUCUUAUCCUUUUAAAGCCUACAAUCUAUCUUCGCUGGAAGCAGAAUAUGCCACGGUAACAGAGAUUGCCCACAGAUUGAAAGAGGCAUUCAAUGAAACGCUUCAAAACAACAGCUGGAUCGACAAUACGACGCGAGAAGCUUUACAGAACAAGUUGAAAGAAGUGGAAAUGAGAAUAGGAUACGAGGACACACUAUUGAACCGGUGGGCACUCUACGAAUACGUACGACCCUUUCCUUCGAAUAUUUCGUUCAUAGCAGCCUUGCACUACAUUCGAGAAGGCUUCAACAAAAUGGAAUUGACUAAGUAUCGCCAUCCAGACGAGGGACAAUUAACUUGGGAUCACAGUCCAAGAGAUGGUCGCACGUUUCACGUCAGCCUUGCGGACGUCAUUGAUAUUCCCUAUGCACUCUUCGCACCUCCUUUUUUGAACAAGGACUUCCACGUUCAUUCAACUAUGGUGGCAUUGGUACUGCAAUUGCUCACGAGCUGGGGCACAGCUUGGCUUACUCAGAAACUUGACGAUAAUUACAACGAAGGUACGAGUGCUGAAGCAGAAGAAUACGAAGCCUUCUUUAGGAAUAAAACUUUAUACUCCUUCUGCAGGCUUGAAGCCGUGACGGGGACGCGUUACGAAGCUCGACGUAAUAAAUCUGGCAAAAGCGAACAAGAGUGGGAAAAAUGUUUGGCCUACUGGGAGGAUAACAAGAAUAAAAGUCGUUAUUAUAAUUCAAAAGGACUUCGCGUCCACUGGAACAGAACCCUGAACGAAGACCUUGCUGACAACACUGGCCUCCAGGUAGCUUUCAAAGCAUAUGCCAAAGUACUUGAAGAAGAAUGUGGAGGACAAGACACUCGUCUAAUAGAUCUAGAAAACUUCAGUGGAAUCCAGCUGUUCUUCAUUUCGCGUGCUAGGACUAUGUGCAGUGUAGCAGACAAGUAUACGCUCAUCAAAGAGAUAAGGAAGGUAAUAUUCAGCUCUCCGCGAAACAGGGUCAACGUGCCCUUGAAAAAUUUGGACGAAUUUGCUAAGGCGUUCAACUGUUCACUUUGCACGCCAAUGCAUCCGCCCAAAAAUGAAACCUGCUCUUUAUGGUGAAGUAGAAUCAGACGACAACAACAUGAAUAAACCAUUUUGAAAAGCCUCAACCACAACUUCGGAGUUACAAGUGUUCGACGUUGUACUGAGGUACGUGGAAGAUGUGCUAGCUGCAUCGAAGAUACACAGCUUUACGAACUCCCGUGCUG